UCCCCGUUCCAGGUGCGGCCGCGGGUGCUCCGGGAGCAGGUGCUGUGGCGGGGCGGGGGCUCCCGGGGGGGCGUUCACACCUUCCGGGUGCCGCUGCUCGUGGCCACCGCGGCCGGGGCGCUGCUCGCCUGCGCCGAGGGACGGAAGCUCUCGGCCGCCGACGUGGGCGCCAAGAUCAUCGCGUGCCGCCGCUCGCCCGACGGAGGUGCCACCUGGGGCCCCACGCAGGUGGUGGCCGAUGACGGCUGGGGCGGGGACGGGCUGAGCCUGGGCGCGCUGCUGGCCGCGGGGGGCGAGCAGGUCCUGCUGCUGUUCGCCCGCUGCGCGCACCCCCCGCGCGCCUGCGGCCCCCCCAGCACCAUCCUGCUGCGCUCGCCCGACGGGGGGCGCUCCUGGGGGCCCCCCCAAAACCUCUCGGCCGCCGUGGGGGGGGAGGUGUUCGCCCCCGGGCCGGGCUCGGGGAUACAGAAGCAGCGCGCUCCGUUCCGGGGCCGGCUGCUGUUCUGCGGGCACGGCACGCUGGAGCGGGACGGGGUCUCGCUGCUGCUCAGCGACGACGGGGGGCGCAGCUGGCGCCGGGGGGGCGUCCUGCCCGCCAUCCCCUUCGGGGCGCCCCGGAAACCGCACGACUUCACCCCCGACGAGUGCCAGCCCUACGAGCUGCCGGACGGCUCCAUCGCGGUCAGCAUCCGGAACCAGAACCAGUACCGCUGCCGCUGCCGGAUGCUGGCGCGCAGCUGGGACGGGGGGGAGUCGCUGCCCCCCAGCGCCGUCACGCUGGACCCCGCCCUGCCCGACCCCGCCGUGGCCGCCGGGGCUCUGGCCACCAACGGGCUGGUGCUGUUCAGCAACCCGGCCCACGAGAGCGAGCGUGUGAACCUGACCCUGCGCUGGAGCUUCGACAACGGCAGCACGUGGUGGGGGCGGGGCCUGCGCGUGUGGGCGGGGCCCAGCGGGUACUCGGCGCUGGCGGCCUCGCCCCCCGACGGCCACGCCCCCCUGCUGUACCUGAUCUACGAGAAGGGGCGGAGCCUCUCCACCGAGAGCGUCUCAUUGGCCACCAUCAGCCUGGGGGGCGGGCCCUGACCCCCCGAAAUAAACGCGUUGGUUCGGA